GCUGCGGCUGGCCGGCUAUGGGCACCACGAGGCCGCGGAAGCCGGCGGGAGGAGCGUGGGUGGCGGGGCCUUGCUUCAAGGCCCAUCUCCCCCAUCCCGGAUCAUGAGGGUCGGGGCGUCUCUUGGGCGACAUUCCCCUCCUUUCUGUCUCCUUUUGGCCUGUGACUACGUGAGUGCUUAAGUGUCCCGAGCUGUGGUCACCCUAGUCCUCGGGGAUGGGCCGGGACAGCUGGAGUCUUUCGGAAGACGGCUUUUCUCACAAUUGUGGCCCUGUUGCGACCCUGGAUCGCAGAGGGAGCCCCAGUUGCCAGGACUUGAUUUUAGGCAGUUUCUGACCUAGCAGGGCUGACCUCCUGCCCUGGGUUAGCUCAAACCAGAAGUUGCCUUCUGCCGCCCCACCUCCCACCCCUCCUACCCUGCGACUGGCUUUCUUACUUGCUGUCCACCAGCUUCCUCACAGCCUUACCUCUCCCCGGGCCUGCCUGGAUCCGGGGUCCUCUCGCGGUGUGCACCCGAGCCAGACUGGAGGUGGGGAGAUCCAGGGUUCUCCUGUCACCUCCGUUGGAAUUGCAUUCUUUGAAACAAGAAAGGAUUCUGCAUAAGCUUUCGACUAUACCAUUGAUGUGGCCUCAUGGAUGAGCUGGUACAUGACUUAGCCUCAGCCUUGGAGCAGACAUCUGAGCAGAAUAAGCUUGGUGAGCUGUGGGAGGAGAUGGCCCUGAGCCCUCGGCAGCAGAGGCGGCAGCUUCGCAAACGCCGUGGCCGGAAGCGCAGAUCUGACUUCACACACCUGGCAGAGCAUACCUGCUGCUACAGUGAGGCCUCUGAGUCAAGUCUGGAUGAGACCAUUAAGGACUGCCGAGAAGUGGCUCCAGUCACCAAUUUCAGUGACUCUGAUGACACAAUGGUAGCCAAACGACACCCAGCUCUCAAUGCCAUUGUUAAGAGUAAGCAACAUUCUUGGCACGAAUCUGAUUCCUUUACUGAAAACGCACCUUGUCGACCUCUCAGGCGCCGGCGGAAGGUAAAGCGGGUGACAUCAGAGGUGGCUGCCAGCCUUCAGCAGAAACUGAAAGUAUCAGAUUGGAGCUAUGAGAGAGGCUGCAGGUUCAAGUCUGCUAAGAAGCAGCGGUUGUCCCGCUGGAAGGAGAAUACUCCCUGGACCUCAUCAGGCCAUGGAUUGUGUGAAUCAGCAGAAAAUAGAACUUUCCUAAGCAAAACAGGAAGAAAAGAAAGGAUGGAGUGUGAAGCAGAUGAACAGAAACAGGGCUCUGAUGAGAACAUGUCAGAAUGUGAAACCAGCAGUGUGUGCAGCAGCAGCGACACUGGGCUCUUUACCAAUGAUGAAGGACGGCAAGGGGAUGAUGAGCAGAGUGAUUGGUUCUAUGAAGGAGAAUGUGUUCCAGGAUUCACUGUUCCUAAUCUUCUGCCCAAGUGGGCUCCUGAUCACUGCUCUGAAGUAGAAAGAAUGGACUCUGGAUUGGAUAAACUUUCAGAUUCCACAUUCCUUUUACCUUCCCGGCCAGCUCAAAGAGGAUAUCAUGCUCGCUUGAAUCGUCUGCCAGGAGCUGCAGCUCGAUGCCUCAGAAAGGGGCGAAGAAGGCUGGUUGGGAAGGAGACCAGCAUAAGCACUCUGACUACUGAGAGGAUAAGCCAUAUCAUCAGUGACUCCCGGCAGAAAGAAAAGAAUAAAGUGUUGGCUUCUGAUUUUCCCCACAUGUCUGCUUGUGCACAUGAGUUUAAUCCCCUUUCUCCCCUGUACUCCCUGGACGUUGUAGCUGAUGCUUCUCACAGAAGGUGUUCUCCAGCACACUGCUCUGCCAGACAGGCAAGCAUUCACUGGGGACCACCAUGUUCACGUGACAUCAAGAGGAAACGGAAACCUGUAGCCACAGCAUCUCUGUCUAGCCCCAGUACAGUUCACACAGAGUCGACAGAGCCAGCUACACCAGCAGCACAAGCCCCGCCAUCUCUAGGCUCUGACUGGUUGGUCAGGACCUCUGCAACUGAGAAAGACACUGGCUCGGCCACAACUACAUUUUUUAAAACGCCACAGGAAAAGACCCCUGGAUGCUGCUAGAGAGCACUGUGUCACUCCCAGGAGCUACCUGCGUGCAGCUGAACCUAUUACACAGUCACGCUUGUCCUGACAUUCCUACUCUCUUUACACACAGCAGUGGACUUUCUUAUAGAAAAUCAUAUUGUGGGAAUCUUUUUUUAAAAUUAGUAAAGUAUUGAGGCAGAAAUUUUCUUUUGAAAAAAAAGGGUCAUCCUAUUGCUAUAUUUGUUGUAUUAUUGCUGUUCCAGUGUUUACCUGUAACUGCCUUUACAGAGCUGUUGCUUUUUUUGCAGAUAUGUCUUUGUUCCUGGAAAACUAGUAGCACCUUUGCAUACCUUUUGUGUAAUAAUAUUUGAGGAAGUUCCAAAUUUGCAGCCAGUUCCAAACAAAUUCCUAAAUGGAAUUGUGUUUGCAGGAGAUAAGGCUUGCUCCUGUUGAGUUGGUUCUUGGUUCACUCAGUGCCAAUAAGAUAUGUCAACCAAGGUCUCAAUUUGGGGUCUCCAAAGAGACUCCAGCAGCACGGGUCUUAGGAACUUCCUCCAGGCCUACAGAUGUUGUAGCGGGAUCACUGGCAGCUGCAUUGCACUUUGACUCAUCUUCAAAGUUCAGAGUCUACUGAAAGAGGACAGAUCCAUACCCACAUGUUGGUGUGAUGAAAUGAAGAAGAUGCUUUAGCUGUGCAAUGGAUGAUGUCUUUACCUUCAGGUUUCAGAGUAAACCUUAUGUCCUAAGUGGAGCUACAUAGGUAGUGUUAUAGAUCAAUAACCUUCAGCAGAAACUCAUGCUGUAUUAAAAUAAUGGUUUCUAGGGCCCAUGCUUUGGGGAGGAAAAAUGUCCUUUUGACAUGCCUUUAUACUUAGUGUGUUUAUGGCUACUCAGCUGCAUGUAGAGUUAUAUAUAUAGUCAUGCCAGAAGUUGGAUGCUACUUUGUCAAAAUGAGGAAUAAGUGACUGCCUGGAGCUGCUGGAGAAAAGCUGCUCUUUCUCAAAGGUAUUAUCGAGAAUGUCAUUCAGGAGCCUGGUUGACAGAGGACUCUUUUUUUUUUUUUGGUAUGAACUGAGUGCUUUUACUCUGAAAUAUGUGGAAGCUGUUUGUUAAAUGCUCACUUCUCUCAUGACCUGGGAGAGGAGCGUGCAUGUACACUUGUACACUUGGGCCUGGGCAUCUUAUCUUACAUAGGUGUUGGUGGUACAGUGCCUCCUUCCCCAAAUGUGCUGGUUCUUUCCUCCCACACACAAUGCAGCUAAUAGUGGAUUGCUUUAUUGUGAUUGUUUAUAUCGGCGGACACUCCAGAAUUUCGCUAUGAUUGAGGUGGGCGAGUAAAUGGGUGUGAAUCUUACUGGAAAGGGGGACUUGAAGCUAAGCUUACAUAGCAUUUUGGGUAAGACUGAGUUCAUGUCAGUGGCCAUAACAAGGGAUAUGGCAGAGGGAGGGCCAUAGCGGCUAAAGCCAGCCCUGCCCUUCAGACUUAACCUGGCUCUCACUUAGGAGUGAGUGAACUGAUGGGUAUCUGUUGGAUAUAAAAUGGCCCUACUGAAUUGUUUCAGUGAUGAAGGAAGGUUUUGUUGUCUUGUGCAUUCUCACCUAGUCCCCAUAGUGACCUGAGGCACUAACAUUUACCACUAACAUUCUUGGUUGGAUUUAAGGCAAAAUCUGUGGGUGAUAACGCUUUUUGGGUUUUUUGGUGCCAAACUCUGUAGCUCAUGCAGAAAUUGGUCCUGUGACGAUGGCCUGUGAAGACCCCAGCAGUUCAGGUGCAAGUGUUCUAAUAUCUUUCCCUCAUGAUAUGUUGCCUAAAAGUCCUCCUUUCUACCUGUGAUUUAAAAUAACUUGUACAUAUAUACAACCUAUUUACAUUUGAAACAUCUCUGUGAAGCCAUGCCAUUUUACCAAGAUAACAACAGUCAUGGAGUUCAGUGAUUUACUUAAAAUCACAUGAUUAAGCCUGGACUAAAAUCCUUGCUUUGGAUUAUAAUCUGUUGUUUUUCAUUGGUAGACCUGAGUCAGUCUGGGACCCAAGUUUAUGAGACAGUUUGCCCUGAAGGCUUAUCUUUCUUAGGCAUCCUUUAUACACAUUUUGAGUACUUUCGACAGGGAUUACCUCAGUAAUCAACAUCUACCUGUAAUAAAUGGGAAUAAAAUUAGUUGCCUAAGAGAAUAGAAUAUUAAGCACACAAGUACUCCUCAAUACAGGGUUGUGAAGUAGACUCAUUUUCAGAUGCUGAAUGUGCAUGCUUAAGGAAUUACUGAUAAACUUAACUCUGCUUGUUUUCUUUAUUAACCACUUUCAGAGGCUAACCUUAGUAUCAAGUGUAUUUUAAAUUUUGAAUUUCCUUUUUUUAUGUCAGGCUAUAUAAUAUAAAUUAAGAAAACCUGUUACCUUUCAAGAUAAGAAAGAGCUUCACAACCAGGUUUUCUAUCAAUGCUGAAGAGCUGAUGGCAUGACAUACUUUGAGGAUGAUCAUUGAACUCAUGUGUUUGAUGUGCUCCAAAGUAUGACUUGAGCUGAGUUCUGCAGUUUUUGUUUUUGGGUUCUGAUUUAUCCCAGCUGGUUACACAGAGUAUUUGUGUGAUUCCUACUCUUGUGGGUUUUUGCCACAAAGGACAAAAAUCAAGACAUUAGCUUGACUUUUGCAUGAGAACCAUUUAUAAAAAGUUACUUUUACUUAUGGUUUAAGGGAAUUAGUAUUUUUCAGAUGCAACAUUUUAAGGGAAUAACUUCAUUUGCAUCAAAACGCUUGUCUUGCUUUUUGGUAGGGAGUGAUGAGAAGAAUGUAGUAGCUGUUUUCAUGGUGCCAGAUUUGAUAGGACAGAGUAUAAUUUUUACUUUGUGGCAUGUGAUUGGAAAAUAGGCCACAUUUAGCCUUGGAUUCUUUAGAAAUCAAUUGUGAUUAAAGAUUUCAGAUGACAUUGUUUUGCAGGGCUAUGGAAUAAGCUCUAAGCAAGGCAGUUCUUGCAGUCAAAUGACCCAAAACUGAAAUAAGACUUGAUCUGUGGAGUUUAUGAAUGGCACCCUUUGUUAAGUCAACCUCAACAGGUAAUUAAGCUAGUGACAAACCUUAAAAAGAUUAAUCUGUUAGAGUUUUGCAUAUGCAUGUAUCUGCAUAUCUUCUACAGCCUAGGAAGCUCAAUGCUACCGUAGAAUUUGUAAGUUAGGAAUUGAGGUUACUGGGGUGGAGAUGAAGGAGCUAGGCUGGCAUGGUCAUUGCUGGUGUGAUGGGUUCUUCUCUUGGGCUCCAGGCAAAGGGUUCUGAUGACACAUGAUUCAUUUCAGGUCUUUGCUUUAUUUUGGCAUAGUUACUGUGGUUCUGAGCCAUGUGCUUUUUCCUCCCUGGGAAGAAGGCUAUGUAAAAACCUCAGCAUUAGAAGCUGUAUUCAGUGACCUGUAUGUUUUGUGAGCUUUGUCUGAGGUAACAAAGUGGCUUGCUGUAGCAGCCAUGGAUGCAGUCUCAUUGAAAGCAUAGCUUAGAAGAUGUGUCGUGCCUCACAGAUGGUGGGAGGGAUGGUAGAAGCAGUUUGCUCUUCUUUUCAGCUUCUUCCUUGGCUGAUGCUGGAGCUUCUAGUUUUACUUGUCAGUAUUUUCUUACCUCCCAGACCUGUUGAGACAGCAGAGUUACUGCUUCUGGCAAAAAUUAGGAUGAUGGGUCCUAACCCAUCAAAACACUGAAACAGGACAAGAGCAGAACAGUUCCGUUCUACCACCAAGCACUAGCAGAAGUGGCCGGAGAGGCUUACUCCUAAGUUAAGAUCUCAGAAACAGGAAGGUCCCAUGCCUGGAGACAGCAACAUGGGAGACAGAAGAUGAGCAGUACUGCUUAAAGAAUGGAUUAUAAAGUUUUAAUAAGCCCAGAAAACCAAACUAUGGCCAAAAGAACCUGUCCUGGAAGUAGACAUAAUCACUUGGCAAAAUUGUCAGAUUUGGGACUAAAAAAUUUUCAAGUACUGACUUGAAGAAUGGGUCAGAUCCUGAAGGUGUGCAUGCAGGGACACCAUCUUGGGGAGGUGGAGAAGUGGUGAGGCAAAGGGAAAAGAAGAGGAGAUGCAUACAGCAAGUGCUCUCAAAGGGUGGCCCUAGUUGCCCCCUAGACCAGCACCCUGCUGAGUCAGAAUGGGGAUGAGGCCCAGACAGCUUUUAAUACCCUCCAGGGGGCUUGGAUACAGACUUGGGUCCAGGGUGUGGAAAGCAGACUUUACCACAGUUAAAAACAAAUGUCUUCAUAUACUUGUGUCCUCCUAAGCUCUGAGGUGUUACAUUUCUCUUCAUAAGUAAAGAUGUUUGUGUAUGAUUCUUUGCAGAAACUGUUAAUAUCUUUAUUUCCUACACCUUCCCUGGCAGGCUCCUGAAAGAGUGGAAAGGAUGGUGUGGAAGAAAGCUGAUGGAAAAUAACAUUUAAAAAUGGGUAAAAAUAUACCAAUAAAUUUUUAGAGUUCAAAUGACAGUCAUUUUUCACAACCAACAGUGAAAACAUUUGUGUAAGAUACACCCAUGAGUUUCCACAUUUGUUCAUUAGAUCUUGUUUUAAGGGGAAGUGUCACUAUUUCCCAGCUUGAUGAGAAUGAUAAUGAUUAUGGUUCAGAAAAAUGAAAAGGUAACAAAGAAAAAACCACCCUGGCAGGUGUAUAAUUGCGUGUUGCAUUUUUUAGUAAUCUGCUAGCACUUAUUCUCAACACUUCAGAGCGUGCCAAAAUCAGUUGCCACAACCCCAGUACACUCCCUUGUCUCCAUUUUUUUCAGUUCAGCUGGUUGAGUUCUGAGGAGCUCAGAAGCAGGAGCAGUAUAUUGCUAUCUUCGUAGUCUUGCUCAUGGGUUCAGUGUUUCAGAAUAUGGUAUUCUAAUCUCAAAGCUUUGAAACGAAAUCAUGACAUUUUCUUAUUUGUGGUAAUUAGCCUGGGCCCUAACUUGUUGCUAAAGCCUAUGAGCCUUGAGACAGGAGUCUCAGUGAAUAUGUAUGGCUACGAUCUCAUUGUGUCUGAGAAGGUAACUGACAGUUUUCUAGCAUCGUUUCCUCACAUGCUUUGUGUAGGCUGUUUGGCUCUCAUUUCAAUUGUUGCAGUCUUAAAACAUAAUUUUUUUUUUCUUUUUCAUCUUGAAGACCAAUCAAAAGUAUCUUUGCCCAAAAGUCAGUGUUUUAAAACAUCAGUUAAGUAAGUUAAUGUUUUCUCUCUCUAAAAGUUAUGACCCCUGUAGGCUUUUCACUCAAACGUUUUCAAUUGAAAAAUGAAAAUGUCUACGAACUUAAAGAUGACAUUGGUGGUUUUCACUUAAAAUCAGCCCAUUUCAUUGUGUAUAAAUUCUACAUCUUGUUCUUCCUAGUGUGCCACGGAAAAAAUCUUAGGACUGAGUAAAUUGAUGCCACCCCAAAACCAUAGUGACAAUUUGAAUUACACAAUAUUUACCUCAGUUAAUGCCACUUCCUAUGUCAGCAGCUUUUGCAAACUGGUCAUUCCAAUCCUUUGCUAUCCCUACCUUCCCUCAACCCCAGCAGCUAGUCUCACCUCUUCCCCAGCCCAAUGACAGCUUUAGGCAGAACUUCCAUCCACACAUCUCACGUAAUGCAUGUCUUCACCUCUUCACUCUAACAGGUGCCUGUCCUGCCCAAGAAGAGUCCUAUGCUCUAGGCCCUGUCCCUUGAUCCAUGUCUUGGUCAGUCUAGCUACAGCUUUGCAUUUCAACAGAUUCAAAGACUCCUUCAAACAAAAAUACCCUUCCUCAACCCUUUGAACUCCUCCCUACCCCUGAAGUUUAGUGCCCUAUCCUCCCCCCCACCACCACAUGCUCACCAUUAAUUCUGCCACCCAUCGAAGCAGUGUCUUUUAACCUUGGCUGCACGUUAGGAUCACCUGUGGAGCUUUAAAAAAUCCUGAUUCUCCAACUGGACUCCAGACCAAUCACAUCAGAAUGGAGAGGAGGGGACAGUCUCGGGUCUUACAAUCUGCAGCAGGACUGAGAACUGCUAAUGCUAAAACUUGUUCUUGCUGGGUCCAACAGAGACUUACAGCGGCCAAAAUUUAGUGUGUAGGUUAACCUUUAUGAUAUUGGUGUUGUGUGACCACUUUUUUUUUAAAUCUCCCUUUGCUACUCUCCUAAUUGUUCUCUUUUUUUACUUUCUUUGUUUCCCCAUGUGGGCAGGUCAGUUGCUAGGUUUGUCCAGCACACCUAUAUGCUAAUGAAUUCCUUUGCCAUACCACCUUAAUAUAACUACUUAAAACACAGACUUAGAGUGAAGCACUUCUGUUCAUUAUAAUUAUCAUAAAUGAGGAAAGAAUACUCAAGGCCUCUGCUUCUUCCCUUACCUCUCUUGUUCCUCCUAAAAACCCCACUAAAGUAGGAGGAAUUGCUAAUCAGAUCAGAAUCAAAGAUGGAUUGCUCUGUUUACUACUGGGCAGCUAUUGAUGAAAAGUCAGGCCUUCACUAUGGUCCCUUCCUUACUUUUUCCUCUUUCCAGGGUCUUGAGCUGGGAUGGGGGUCCUGAGCCCACUUCUACAUAUGCAGAAGUGCCCUAGAAAAUGCUUUCUUUUAUCUUUGACUUUAGGCUGCUGGUAAGAGUUUGGAUUUAGAUGAUAAGACAGACCCCCUUUUUGGGUUUGGGAAAUGAACUUUUUAUUAGGAUAUUAGUAGUAGCUGCCCCUGCUACUAAUAAAGUGGAACUUGAUUUCCCACUUCACUCCAUCACUGCAUCCUGCCUUGGAUCUGGAGAUACAGAGGUUCCACUCUUAGAAGGGAUCCUAUGCGUUCCUAGCUUCUACAAAUCAUUAGUAUCUAAUUCAAAUAUAUGGUAGGUGGGUCUGAUGAGUGCUGUGUUCAAGCUGUAGGAAGUAAGGAUGAAGUUACAUGCAAUGCUAAACUCUACUGGGGAUAGAAAGAUUCCUCAAACACAGGUGCUGGACAGCCAAUAAAAACAGCAAAGGGCUUCUAGAGCCAUCACCCUAGUCACUGACUCAACGAACACUUACUGAACACUCACACUGAGCCUGUCCUCAGGAACCUCUUAGGGAGAGGAUCACUACCCUAAAACAGGAUAUUCCAGGGUCCCUUAGAUAUACUCUCCUUGAAACUACUACAUCCUAUCCAUAGUCCCUAAUAAUAAUAAUGACCAAUGUUUACCAAGUGAUUAUUUUAUGCCAUCAGUAAAUAGCAUCUCACUUCUUGUCCCAACACCCCAAACCCUGAAAAGCAUAGUGGUUCAUGGCUAAUCCCAGCAUUCAAGAGGCUGAUGCAGAGAAUGAUGAGUUUGAGGCCAGCCUGGUCUACAUAGAAGACCCCUGUUGCAAAAAAGCACAUCUUGUCCUUUGUGUAUCGAGAUGGGAGGACAUGUGUUUUUAGUUGUUAAUGGUAGUGAUGGACUGCUUUGAUCAUCUACCAAUUGUCCCUUUACUACUAACAAAAUAGAUGUCUUAGUCUGGGUUUUAGAGGUGCCUUUUAAUUAGUAGAUGUGUGGAAUACAUUUUAUAUCACAGGAAAGGCAUUUCUGCUGUCGUGAAGUUGAUAGUCUUCUGAGGAAGAGACAAGAAAAGCUCACGUGGGGUGAUAACUUUUGGAGAGGAGUAUCUGUUUUGGCAGUGAUGAUAAGGACACUUUAACUCAAACUGGGCAGAAGAAGGAGUUAAGUGAAAAAGAGAGGAUGAGGCCCUUCCAGGGGAAGGAGCAUGGUUGGUUUACAGCACUGCAGGUAUUUUGGUAUGGCUGAUAUAUACAUGAACAGAGAGAGGUGGGUAAGAAACAAAAUGGAGGGUCUUGAUCCACUGGCAUGCUUGAUUGAGAGAGCUAUUGCAGUAUUCUGCUGAGCUCAGGUGCAGUCAUGAAAACCCAACUACAACUGACCUGUGUGCAAACAGAGCUGGAACUGAGAUGUGAACAGUUUGUACUCCCUUGAUCACGUUCCCUGGGAAAUAUAACCAGGCCAACCUGUUUGUAGGAACUACUGACUGCUUAGGAGUAGAGUCAACUGGACUGGAAAUUAGAGUUUAGCCCUUGGCUGACAGAGUCUCUUACAUGGUCUACCCUCUACUUCUACUCUACUGAGUAGAAGCUACUCAGGAAACGUGACAAUGUGACGGUCCUGAUUCCUAGUACUAUUUUUCAGUAACAGAAUUGUCGCUACCAACUACUGGCUAAGCAUUUUGAGCUUUGUUUCUUAGUAGUGACAAGUCUGUGUUGAUCCAGUCACACCUUUUAGACUGAGCACCAUUACAGUCUUUGACAUUUUGAGCCUAUAGAAAGAUACUCGUAGGAUCAAACACAGCUGGCUCACUAGAAGCUCUGAUCCCAUGGAUUUGGACUCAUUGAUACCAUGUUAUAAAUAAAGUUUACUAAACCCUUUGAAACUGCAAAAGUGAUAUGAGUGUAUAGUUUUUUUGGCAGCACUGGGGCUUGAACUCAAGCCUUUGAGCUUGCUAAGCAGGUGCUCUACUAUUUGAGCCACUCCUCCAGCCCAAGUGUGUGAUUUAGAACACCAUUUUUUAUGGACAGCUCUGACUGACCAGCACUUAAACCAGGAGCUUUUGUAAGAAAUAGGUUAAGUGACUUUUAUGUUCCAAUACUAAAAUAUUUCAUUAUUAAAAGUAAAUAUACAAAUUUCAUCAGUGUUUCUCAUAAAGAAUUGUGAUAUAUUGACUGAUGAACUAGAGGAAGUAAGAGAAUUCUAGGAAGGUAUAGUUAGACAUUAUCACUAGAAGAAAAAGUCAAGCUGCUUGUUAUCCAAAGUAACACAACAUACAACCAAACUAUAAAAGUGAAAGAUUUGUAAAACUACAGAAUAAGACCAAAACUAUCUAUCAUUAAUAAAACUUAUCUGUAAAUAAAAGAUAAAAAAAGCAAACUUGAAUUCCAUGUCCUAUUAUUUAGAAUGACUCCGAAAGGUUGAAUAAGAUCAACCAAGCAAAACAAACAAGAAAAUAGAUUAUAGACUUAGUGUCAGACAAAUGAAAAAAAUUGAAAGGAAAAGAAAGGCAUUAGCUAGUACUAAAGUGCAUACCUCACAAUGAAGCGGUAACAGCUCUCUGUACAAAUCACAGAGUAGCCAUUUAUACAUUAUAAGCUGUAAGAGACACAGGAAGAAACUAUAAUGUCAGCUGGAGAUUUUAAUGCAACUAUUAGUUCAUGACAGAUAAAGUGAAUAGAAAAAUGAGAACUUGGGAAGAUUUAAGUAAGGUAGAGCAAGUUGGUGUGUAUGAGACUACCCUAAAAAUGGUGCCUACACUACACCUUAUUUUCAAGUGGCCUUGAAACAUUCCCCUAUUUACUGUAUAUUGGAGAGUACAGAACACAUUCAUAAGUUUCAGAAUGGAGAAAAGAUAUAGAUGGCAUUUACUAACAAAAUGUAAUAAGUUAAAGCCAGAAAACAAUGCCCAUCUGCAAUGUAAAAAUUUUUUAAGUUCUCAACUAUUCUUGGGUUGAAUAGAAAAUGUAAAGCAUAAAAAAGUACACUUGUGAGAUGAGAUUCAAAUAAAGCAGCACUCAGAGGAAAAUUCAUAGCACUAAAAUUUGCAUUUUGAAAAAGAAGAAAAAUGGUAAUACACCUCAAGAUAUUAGGAAACGGACAGCAAAAUGAAUUCUUUAAUGGCAGACAAAAAAAAACAGAUAGAAAUUGAUUAAUUAGAAAAACGGGAAAAGGUUUAUUAAGAGCUGAUUGUAAAAUAUGGUAAAAUGUAUAACCUUUAGCUAACAUAAUGACACAUGAAGACAAAUAAGGUAGAAUUACCAAACAUUGAAUAAAUUAUACUUUGCUCAACUCUGAAUAAUUUAAAAACUUGGGCUAAUGGAUAAUUUUUAAGGAAAAUAUAAUUUUCAAAAACGUCUUCAGAAUAAAGAAGCCUAGAAUACCAAUUAUCAUGGAAGAAACAAAAGAGUUGUUUCAAUUAGCAUAGCAGGCUAAUUACCUAAAAUGAUCUUCCCAUAAAAAACAACCAAAUAUAUUUGGGGGAUUAAAAAAACCUUUUAUUGUAUUAACUUUUAAUUUUUUUAGCAUGAAAUACAAUUUAUUGGAAGGCGUGUAUUUUAUAGAAUCCAAGCAAAACUCACCAACUAGAACUGAAGUGAGGACAGUCUAGGGGGCAUAGCAGUGAUGAUUUACGGGCCCUCCAUCUAGUGUUCCAGUCCACAUUACAGUGGCACAGAGCCUCACGGCAACAUUCUCUGGAGCGCUUAAUCCACACCUUAAAAAUUUAAGACUUACAGAAAAGCUUCAAAAAGUAGAGUUCCUGCACACCCUCUCCCAGCUUCUAAUGUUCACAACUGUGAGCAUGGUACAGUUAUUAAAACCAGGCAAUUAGUAUCAACACAAUCCUAUCAACUAAACUACAUGCAUUAUUAGAAUUAUACUAGUUUUCUCAGUAAUGUUUUUCUGGUUCAGGAUUCAAUCCAGGGUCCAUAUGUACUUGUGUCCUUUUUGGUUUUCAAUUCUAUUCCACUGGUAUGUUUGUCUACUUGAGCACAGUCCCUGUCUGUUUUAAUUAUGGAUACUUCAGUGUAUUUUAAUGACUGUUAGGGCUUUUCCCUCCUCUAGUUUUUCUUUUUCAUCAUGUUGGCUAUCCUUACAUGUUUGUUUUUCCAUUUGAACUUUAGUAUCAACUUGUCUGGCUACAUUAAAAAUGUGUUGGUGUUUUGUUAAUGUUGUACAAUGCUUAUUAACUAAUGCAAGGAAAGGUCACCUUUACAUUGUGCUGCCAUUUUAUCCAGGAAGAGGGGUGCAUUUCUGUUUGUUCAAGUAUUUUUAUGUUUUUUAGGGAAGUAUUUAAAUUUUUCCUUGAAUAGGUUUUGUGUAUUUCUGGUUAAGUUUAUCUCUAAGAGUUUAAUUUUUAUUGCUAGCAAAUGAGGUUUCCUCUGACAUAUCUUCUAACUAGUUAUUCUGUAUAUGAAGGGUAUUGAUUUUGUAUGCUAAUUUUAUGCCCUGCUACCUUACUGAAUUGUUUUACUCUUUGGACUAUUUUUAUCAUCAGUCCUCUAGAGUUAAAAAAAAAACUUCCUAAAUGAACAAUGGAAUGACAAAGAAAUGAAACAAUCUAUAGAGGUUAAAAAAAAAUUACAUGAACACUUAAAGGGAAGGAAGGCCAUCUUUCACCCUGAAGGUAUUGCUAUGCCCUGAUUAUCUUACGCUUCUGUGAUGAGCCUGGGAUAGGUGCAGGAGGCCACGCAGGGCCUGAUCAAGGCAUGAAGGUUCCCUGAGAUCAACAAAGCAAGGACUCUCAAAGUGACCUGAACAGUGUAGGGCUAGAUACUAACUAAAGCACUAAGCAAAUAGCGCCUUGGAACUCACCUUUUCUUGAUCUUGGCCCUGGUAGAAAAAACAAAAAAACUUUGUGUGAUUGUUUUUUUUUCCACCUAGAAAUAUUUAGCAAGUUGUCCUUUACAGACAAAUUGUUUCAAAUUUCUACUACUUGUACAGUUUGAAAUACUGCAAGAGGGAAUUUAACUUACAGUGGACCUGGGUCAAUUCCAGGUGCCUAACAGAAGCAGACAUGAAGUCUGCAAGAAGGAAACUUCGAUCUAGGUAUCAAAAACUCCCACAGAUAAAAUUAUAUAGAAUAUGAGUAGCUCACAUUUAAAAAAAACAAUAAAUGAAAGAAAGAGAUAAUUGCAGGUAUAACCAAGAUUAAAAAGUUAGUAAGAUAAUUCUAUGAACAACUUUAGCUAAUAAAUUUGAAAGCUUAGCUAAAAGGGACAAAUAUCCAGAAAAAUAUAGUUUACCCAAAUUCAAUCAGAAAUAAAAAGCUUGAUUAGUCCUGUAACAUUGGACAAAUUUGUUUUGGUUGGGCAUGAACUCAAGGCCUUGUGCUUACUAAGCAGUUACUCUAUCAUUCGAGCCACUCCACCAACCAACAAUAAACAAAUAUAAUCAGUUGGAUGAAAUCUGGGACUGUAUUUGCAGAAGGAUUUGGUUUUUUGCUUUUGGCAGUACUGGGAUUUGAACUCAGGGCCUCACGCUUGCUAGGUAGGCACUCCUACUGCCUGAGCCACUCCACCAACCUUU